AUGUCUUAACUUGAGUAAAUUCUUCUAUCUAAUUCUUCUGGUAUUAAAACACAAUUUUAAAUUGAAUCGGAGAAAAUUGAGGAUCUAAUAAAUUAGCUAAAAUAAAUUAAUGAUCAACUACAAGCCACCUAGAUCACUGAGUAAUAAAACUCUUAGCUUAUGCCUGCUAAAUAGAAUUUUAAAAUGAAAGCUGAAAAUAUUAAAUAAAUAGUAACAUCUUUGGAAAAGAGCAUUCGUGGCAAUGAACAAAAGAACAUUCUAUCAAAAUUAAAGUAGUCGUUUUAAAAAGAAGUUGAAAGACAAAGGAGGAUUCUCAAGAGUUCCAUAAAUUCUUCAUAUGAAAAAAGAUUCUCCAGGAUUUCAAUAAUCAGAUAAUCGAGAAUAAAAGGCUCAGAGAUUUAAGCAGAGCAAUUAAAAUACUUUGUUGAACAUAAUUAUGUGAAAAUUGGGUAAAAGGAUGAAAGAAUAGAAUAGGAGAACAAGAGACACUCGUCAGUCAAAAUUGAAGAUAACUCAAAAAUAAAAACAAUUUCAAUUGAUGAAGAGUUCAGAGAUUAAGAAUGGAUUGAUUUAGAGAAUAUUUUGAUUGAAGAAAGGCAAAAAGAACUAGAUGAUAUUGAAAGAGAAGCAGUUUAACUAAAUUUAUUAGCAAAUUAGAUGGGCAGCACUCUCGGCUAAUAAGGUGUAAAUCUAAAUUUUGGAUAGUAAAAUAUAAGUUAAGUCAAGCCUAAAGUAAUACAAACUUAGAACAAAAUAGUCAGUGUUGAUAGGUAAUAGAAAAGCCGAUUCAAAAAGAAAUAUUAUAUUAUUAUUGGAAUUCUCAUUUUAAUAAUAGUUGUGAUGAUAAUUUUACUUAUCUCAAUCUAUUGA